AUGGCUAAUGCAGAAGUGAGUGUCCCAGUGGGGGAUGUGGUUGUGGUACCCACUGAAGGAAAUGAAGGGGAGAACCCUGAAGACACUAAAACCCAAGUGAUCUUGCAGUUACAGCCUGUGCAACAAGGGAUUUAUGAAGCUGGCUCUGAGAACAAUACGGCAGUUGUGGCAGUAGAAACUCACACAAUACACAAAAUUGAAGAAGGGAUUGAUGCAAGCACUAUAGAAGCAAAUGAGGAUAUGGAAAUUGCUUACCCCAUAACUUGUGGGGAGAGCAAAGCCAUUCUCCUUUGGAAGAAGUUUGUAUGUCCAGGAAUAAAUGUAAAGUGUGUCAAGUUCAAUGAUCAGUUGAUCAGCCCCAAGCAUUUUGUUCAUCUGGCUGGCAAAUCCACCCUGAAGGACUGGAAGAGAGCUAUUCGUCUGGGUGGAAUCAUGCUCAGGAAGAUGAUGGACUCCGGACAGAUUGAUUUUUACCAACAUGACAAGGUUUGCUCCAAUACUUGCAGAAGCACCAAAUUUGAUCUGCUAAUCAGCAGUGCAAGAGCGCCAGUGCCAGGACAGCAGACAAGUGUGGUGCAGACACCCACUUCGGCCGAUGGUAGCAUCACACAGAUUGCCAUCUCAGAAGAGAGCAUGGAAGAGGCAGGGCUGGAAUGGAACUCAGCUCUCACUGCCGCUGUCACCAUGGCCACAGAGGAGGGCAUGAAGAAAGACUCAGAGGAAAUUUCAGAGGACACUUUGAUGUUCUGGAAAGGAAUAGCUGAUGUAGGACUGAUGGAAGAGGUUGUCUGCAACAUACAGAAGGAAAUAGAGGAGCUACUUAGGGGAGUUCAGCAGCGGCUCAUCCAGGCUCCCUUCCAGGUCACAGAUGCUGCUGUUCUUAAUAAUGUAGCACAUACAUUUGGCCUAAUGGACACAGUCAAGAAGGUUUUGGACAAUAGGAAGAGCCAAGUAGAACAGGGAGAAGAGCAGUUUCUCUAUACUCUCACAGACUUGGAACGCCAGUUGGAAGAACAGAAGAAGCAAGCCCAGGAUCACAGGCUGAAAUCCCAGACAGUUCAAAAUGUGGUACUGAUGCCUGUGAGCACUCCUAAGCCUCCCAAAAGGCCCCGGCUCCAGCGGCCAGCCUCCACCACCGUCCUGAGCCCUUCUCCUCCUGUCCAUCAGCCUCAGUUCACAGUCAUCUCACCCAUCACCAUCACGCCAGUGGGUCAGUCAUUUUCCAUGGGCAAUAUUCCAGUGGCCACCCUCAGCCAGGGCUCCAGUCCUGUGACUGUCCACACACUGCCUUCUGGCCCUCAGCUCUUCCGUUAUGCCACAGUGGUCUCCUCAGCCAAGAGCAGCUCACCAGACACAGUGACCAUCCACCCUUCGUCUAGCUUGGCGCUGCUAAGCUCCACCGCCAUGCAGGAUGGCAGUACCCUGGGCAACAUGACCACCAUGGUGAGCCCUGUGGAGCUGGUGGCCAUGGAGUCUGGCCUAACCUCAGCCAUCCAGGCGGUUGAAAGCACCUCAGAGGAUGGGCAGACCAUCAUUGAGAUUGACCCAGCCCCAGACCCAGAGGCUGAGGAUGCUGAGGGCAAAGCAGUCAUUUUGGAGACCGAACUGAGGACUGAGGAGAAAGUCGUGGCUGAGAUGGAGGAACACCAGCAUCAAGUCCACAAUGUGGAGAUCGUGGUCUUAGAGGAUUAA